UUGUCAAAAUCAGUCAAAGACGAUCCUGAUUUCGUUCCAAAUCCAUCAGCUGGUUCAACUGCGCUACAUGGGGCUUGUUUUGCUGGUCAUUUGGAUAUCGUGAAAUUCUUAUUCCAACAUGGUGCUGAUUGUUUUCUCAAGAAUCAUGCUGAUGAAACACCGAUCGAUAAUGGACGAACGAAACCAAACAUUAUCAAAUAUUUUACGGAGAAUCUUAUUCUUAGUUAUUCCAUCAAAACCAAGGAAUUACCUUAUUUACCCAUUCGUGAAGAAGAUGAAGAUUAUGUGAUCGAUUGUUUUUGGGAAUACAAACCAUUUAAAGAACAGAAAUGGUUUCCAUUUUCCGAAUCAGAGUCGGACACUCUUCAAGGAUCACUGAUAGUCAAGCCAGAACAAAAAUUUAAACGCGAGAUUCAUUUACAAGUACGCGGUGGAACUUAUGCUGUUUCAUUAAUUCAAUUUCUACGUUCAGGAAAAGAAGCUGGUUUCACUCAAAAAAUUGCCUGGGUUCGUUGUCGAGGUUCAUCGAUCUUAAAUUUCAAUUGUUAUUGUCUAUGGCAAAUCAUGUUUACCAAAUAUCCCAAAGCCGUAACAGAGCCAUCGUUGACGAUGUUAACCAUACCGACGGCUUAUGACAGUAACUUUAAAGUUCAUCUUGAUUCAUGGUAUUUCUGUGAUGCCAAGACCAGUGCUCAAUUAGAUCACACUAUGAAAUAUCGACGAAAAUAUAUUCGUUUAGUACUUUCUCGUGUUUGUCAUGAUGAAUUACUAUUUGAUUUACAAACAUUUUCAUUUACCAAUGAAAGUGGAAGUGUUACCGGUUCUAUUCGAUGGAUACCGAAGAUGAUUUCGAAUAAUUCACGCAACAAAAAUAAAAUUAUCGGCAUUGGUGAUUUUCAAACAUUAGCUAAUUUAGACCCAAUACCUUUAACUACGGCACGAUUGAGACAAGUUUUACAAAAAGAUGAUCGGAUAUCCAUCGCUGAUGAUGACGAGCUUCUGGAAAAUGAAGAAGAAUACGAUUUCGAUACGGAAGUAGGUGAUAUUGAAGACAAUGAGAAUAAAUACAAAGCUGUGAAUAAGGCACCCACCACUCCCAUUAAUCAAUCAUGGUCAAUACAAGAUCUUGCUGAUGGAGAAGGAGAUCCUCAACUGGGUUCGUCGGCAUCUUCGAUGACGACAAGCAAAUCUGACGCUUCAGAUGAUCUUGGUGACAAACGAAUGGAUGAUUUUAUCAAUGAAGCAGCAGCAAAAGUUCGUUCAUCACAACAAAAUCGUUUAGAAGAAAAAGUUACUAGCAAUACAUCGAAUGAUGAUGAUAAAAAUUCAGCUGCGAUCAAAGUCCAACUAUCAGAAUUAGAAAAGAAAAAUGAUAAAUUGAAACAAGAUUUACAAAAUGAACAACGACGAAUAAAACAAUUAUUAGAUUCAGGUAACAAACAUGAACAAGACGUGGCACGUUUAUUAGAUCAAAUUGCUAAGAUGGAAGGACAACAGAAAGAAAAUGAACGACAACAAGCAAAAUUAAGAGCAAUGGAUAGAGAUAUCAAAACAGUAGAUUAUAAUAAUAUUCAACAUGAAGUGAUCCAUCGAUUUUUAACACCGAAAGAUUCGAUCAUUAUUCGUUAUUUACAAGAUUUAGUAAAAAAUCUCGAUCCAUCAUUCAACGAUCGAGUACCGAAAAUAAUCUUUGCUGGAAAAAAUAAUCAAUACAUUGUUACUGUUGUUGGUUUUCCUGCUCAUCAUCAAGGAUUCAAAGAUGUUUUACAACGUAUUUGGUCGCUGAUGAAUGUCAU